CUCGGCAGUCCGGCUGGCGCUGCACCUGCGCGCCGUUUCCCCACUUGCCUCUCAGCCCUGAUCUGCGCUUGCGCGGUGCCUGCCGGGGAGCGCGGGUAGCAGUGAGGCGCAUGCGCAGUGUGGGUCCUGCUGCUUUGGUGUCGCCGCCGUUGCUGCUGCAGCCGUUGCCGCCUCCCUGCUGGCAAGUGUGUGAAGGAGCCGAGGGUUGCUGCCGGCGCCAUGGGGAGAAAGUCAAGCAAAGCAAAGGAGAAGAAGCAGAAGCGCUUGGAGGAACGUGCAGCCAUGGAUGCCGUCUGUGCCAAAGUGGAUGCUGCCAACAGGCUUGGAGACCCUCUGGAGGCUUUCCCAGUAUUCAAGAAAUAUGACCGGAAUGGGUUGAAUGUCUCCAUUGAAUGUAAACGAGUGUCUGGACUGGAACCAGCCACUGUGGAUUGGGCGUUUGACCUGACCAAAACGAAUAUGCAAAGCAUGUAUGAGCAAAGUGAGUGGGGCUGGAAGGACCGAGAGAAACGGGAGGAAAUGACAGAUGACCGAGCUUGGUACCUUAUCGCUUGGGAAAAUAGUUCUGUCCCUGUUGCCUUUUCUCACUUCCGGUUUGACGUGGAGUGCGGGGAUGAAGUCCUCUACUGCUACGAAGUGCAGUUGGAAAGCAAAGUGAGGCGGAAAGGCCUGGGGAAGUUCCUCAUACAGAUCCUGCAACUCAUGGCCAACAGUACACAGAUGAAGAAGGUGAUGUUAACAGUAUUUAAACACAAUCAUGGCGCCUACCAGUUCUUCCGAGAAGCGCUACAGUUUGAAAUUGAUGACUCUUCCCCCAGCAUGUCUGGUUGUUGUGGGGAGGACUGUUCCUAUGAGAUCCUGAGCCGGAAGACCAAGUUUGGGGACAGCCAGCACUCCCAUGCAGGCGGGCACUGUGGUGGCUGCUGCCACUGAACUCUCAGAACCAUUUGCAAGUCAGAACACUCCUGUCCUGUCUCCUGAAGGCCUGUCCUCUACUCUGGUCUCACUACCUUCCAGGUGGUCUCAAGAGCUGUGAUCUCAACCUUGCAUGUUCUAGAGCGAGCUCAGAAUCUGGAGAGAAAUGGUCUACACUACUCCUUCUCUCUCCUGCAAGACCUGAGUACCAGGAAUGAGUGCAGGGAAGAGGGUGCUACAGGAAGAGUUGGUGGAGGCCACACUGUGAAGCUCAUCCACAUGGCAGCUGUUUUGCUCUUGAGCCCUCAAGUGAAGGGUCCUCAAACUCUGCAGCUGGAUUCUCAACAGGCUUCCCUCAUCCCCACCUUGGACAAAUGGAAUGCAUAUAUCCGUCUUUGUCAAAGUCCUGGAAUCCUGAUCUGGGAUCUGUUGGUCCCCAAAGAGGAUUGGCCUCUUAAGAUCUGGGCACAGACCAAGGCUUUUGAGAAACUUGUGGAUGGAGCAUUGUCAUAGAGACCAUGCAGGCCUUUCAUGCCAGGGUACAGAGAAGUUCUAGCUGUUUUUAUGGAUCUGUAGAGUGGAGUUGUCUCAGGGGACUAGCCAACUCUGAGGGGAACACUGCCUCUCUCUAUUGCUGUCAGAGAGAAGGUCUAAGAGGACCAAGAACAGUUGUGUCAGUUGGCCCGCUGUGGGGAUGUCCGCUUUUCUGGGCAUUCAGACUCUCAGCCUAACCUCUGGGUCUUAUGGAAGUGACUUGAAUGUUUCAUUCAAGAAGAAAGCCACAGGUCCUUCUGUUCCUUUUCAUUGCCCCCUACCACUCUUUCUCCUCAGCCUCUUGCUUCCAUCCCAGAUACCUCUGUUUUUAAUCUCAACGGGGGAGUAACAUCAGGGAACCCCUCUUCUUCCCCUGAAGGACCCAUUAUUCCUGGUACAGUUAAGCCGUUUCCUGCCACCUCUUGGUGCUGACAGUUCUCUGAAGGUGGGGCAAACCUCCUACCACCCUGCCUCCUCAGAGAGUCCCCAGCCAGCAGCAGGCCCCUCUGCCUGCACUCCCCAGCCUUGCCCCUUACAGCCUCAAUGAGGCACCGGUGCCACAGUCCUGACCCAUUUGGGGCACAGCUCAGGCUGCAGCAAGAGUGCCCGUCAGUGGCCCACACAGCUGCUUUUCUCUCUUGUGUCACCCUGUGGCAGCAAGCUGGAACAGAGGGAGGAGAUGGGCUUCCUCUGCUCAGAGAGAGAAGAGGAUGUGGGCUCAGAACUUAUUCUCAUCCUGGUUUCUAGGCCUUGUUUCUUUUCCAAAAAAGAAAAACUAAAUCCUUAUCUACGUGAAAGCACUUGACACUUCCCUUGAAUACUCCCCAAGCUCUACUUCAGGGAGUGUUGUGAGGAUUCUAGCCUUUGUACUGUUGCUUUCAUGGCUUUGUGUCAGUGCCCCGACUUCUGAGCCUGCUUACCCUCACUCUGGCCCAACUCAGGCAAGCUCACAAGAGUAGUCUGUGCUUCUCACCUAGCUUUUUGCCUUUGUAGGAGCCUUACCCAGUCAGGCCUCCACUGAGUACUCUGCUUUGCUCCUGAGUCUAUCAGCAGUGAGACUGGGCACUUUUUAGGGCCAUACAGCUUUACACUGGAAUAAGUUUACCUUUGCCUCAUCUGCUGGCUCCAGGGUUUUUACCUUUGAUGAGAGUUGGAGUUACUGGGAGGUUGAUUGGUAGACUCCUUCCAAGAAUCAUGAAACAGCAGACGCAUGUUUAGAAGUGUUUCCUCUAAUCCCUAUCUCAAAGAAUACAAAAAUGAUAAAUAUUUAUUGUCUUAAAUCAUAGAUUUCUGAUACCUCCUAUUCAAGGGAACCAAAAGGAACCCCCUGUGUUAAAUUCCAUGUAAGGGGAGUUCAGUGUGUUUUCUCCUUCCAGUUGUUGACACUUGGCAUCAAGUCCACUGGUAGACAGGAUACUUGCCUUUCACCCUCUACCUUUGCAGGCCACCCUCCCUGAAGGGCUCCUCAGGAGGUCAUAGCUUGGUGGGAGGAGUGCUUAUUGAGACCUCCUGACCACUCUUGUGGCUGUUGAGCCUACACAUGGGUCAAACAUCAGUGUUCCUCCACCCCUGGGUCUUGGUUUUGAGGAACAAACAUUUUGUACGAGGCUUUUUUGUUAUUUUGUUUGGAGCAUGUUAAAAAAUUUUCUCUUUUAAGA